UCCAGUGGAGGUUAUUUUGAGGGGCUCAUGCUGUCAGCUGUUGUCUUAAGUCCUUUUGGAGCCCCCUCACCUCUCCUUUUCAUUCUGAUAAAACUGUGGACUGGCUGGUUCAUUGUCCUCCUUUUCUAUUUGAACCCGAACAGAAAACUGUAAGCAUAUGAUGGAGGGCAUUGACCAGACCUCUGAGAAUGCCAAUGAACAAGUCAAUGACCCUGAGGAGCAGCCAGUGGAUCCCAUGGAGGACUUCAGCCGGCAGCUAGAGGAUAUAAUCAACACGUAUGGAGUGGCAUCGAGCCUGAUGCAGGAGCAGAUCUCCAUCCUGGAGUCUGAGGAGAAAAAGGAAGAGGAGGCAAAGGCUGAUGAAGAAGCUGACCCACAAGAAGCUGGUGCCAGUCCAGAGAAGGAGCAAAAAGCUGAUAAGAAACUCCUCAAGGGCCUGGGUAAAGAGGCCGCAUCCUUAUUGCAAAGCCUGAACAUGCUCGGCUCACCAGAAGAGAAAGUGGAAAUGGUGUUGAAGAAAUACACUGAGCUGGUGGAGGAACACAGGACUGAGAAGAAACAGCUGGAGCAGCUUCGGCAGAGACAGGGUCUUUUGGUCAAGCAGAGAGAUCAGCUUCAGUUCGAGCACAGUCGUGCCAUCCUGGCCCGCAGCAAGCUGGAGAUGCUCUGCAGGGAGCUUCAGAGACAUAACAGGACACUGAAGGAGGAGAGUCUGCAAAGGCUGCGGGAGGAUGAAAUGAAGCGGAAGGAGAUCACCGAUCAUUUCCAGAGCACGCUGGUGGACAUUCAGAAUCAGAUCGAGCAGCACAGUAACCGCAACAACAAGCUGUGCCAAGAAAAUAGUGAGCUGGCCAGUAAACUCAAGACCAUCAUAGAGCAGUAUGAGCGGAGAGAACAGACUUUAGAGAAGAUCUUCAAACACAGAGAUCUACAGCAGAAACUGUCUGAUGCCAAGCUGGAAGAAGCCAACAUGCUCCUCAGUCAAGCUGAAGAGAAGCACAAAAGGGAGAAGGAAUAUUUGCUUAAAGAGGCUAUUGAAAAAACAAAGAAAUGCUGCGCUAUGAAGGAACAGGAGUUACAGAUGAAGAAACAGCUUGCGUUGUACUCCCAGAAGUUUGAUGAGUUCCAGAACACACUAGCAAAAAGCAACGAAAUUUACAUCACUUUCAAACAGGAGAUGGACAAGAUGACGAAGAAGAUGAAAAAGCUGGAAAAGGAGUCGGACAUAUGGAAGACACGGUUUGAAAGCUGCAAUAAAGCUCUUGUUGAAAUGAUUGAGGAGAGAUCAGAAAAGGCCAAAGAGUUUGAACUCUUCACUUUGAAAAUCGACCGUCUGGAGACUCUGUGCCAAGCACUGCAGGAUGAAAGAAAAAGUUUAUAUAGCAAGAUUAAAGAAAUACGGUCCUCAGAAAAGGCUCUAGCAGCUGCAGUGGAUUUGCCACAAGUAGAUGAGCUUCCAGAGCUUGUCCAACUUCCCAAGUUAGCUCCCAACCCCAUGUUGACCACAGAGAUGAAGAGGCUGCGAGAGGAGCAGAUUCGUCUGCAGGAGUUUGCAGCUUCCUUGGUAAAUUCCAUAACAGAUGAUGCUGGAGAAUCUGAUAGUGGGGAAGAAGAGACGGCACAAAAGAUUCCAGCAAUUCCUGAGGCUACCAAACAUGAGUCUACUGAACCAGAAUCAAUACAAGAUGAAUCCUCUACCACAGAAGAAAACAAAGCAGAGGUUGUUAGUGUAAACGAAGAGAAGCCAUUAGUACCCUCAAAUCCUGAACCCACCAAAUCUGAGACAGAAUCCAAACUUUCUCAAGAGCCUCUACAACCAGACAUCAUUGAACAACAGACAGGAAUACAAGAUUCAGUCAAAGAGGAACCAAGCCAGGAAGAGGCGUCAAAAUCAGAAAAGACGGUCGAACAGGAAUCCACUCAGACAAAGCCUUUCAUGAAAGAAGAGUGUAAACUUGAAAGUGUUAUAUCUGAGCUACCUGAACCAGAGCUGCCCAAACCAGAGCCCCUCAAUCAGGAGCAGUCAAAUCCUGUCACGAAUGAAGAAUGCAAAGAUGAAGCUGUUAAACCUGAGCUACCUGAACCAGAACCAGAGCCAGAGCCAGAGCUGCCCAAGCAAGAGCCCCUCAAACAGGAGCAGCCAAAACCUGUCACGAAAGAUGAGUGCAAACUUGAAGUUGUUAAACCUAAGCUACCUGAACCAGAGCCGCCCAAACAAGAGCCCUUCAAACAGGAGCAGCAAAAACCUGUCACGAAAGAAGAGUGCAAAGAUGAAGCUGUUAAACCUGAGCUACCUGAACCAGAGCCGCCCAAACAAGAGCCCCUCAAACAGGAGCAGCCAAAACCUGUCAUGAAAGAAGAGUGCAAAGAUGAAGAUGUUAAACCUGAGUUACCUGAACCAGAGUCGCCAAAACAAGAGCCCUUCAAAGAGGAGCAGCUAAAGCCUUUCACGAAAGAAGAGUGCAAAGAUGAAGAUGUUAAACCUGAGCUACCUGAACCAGAACCAGAGCAUGAGCCAUCCAAACAAGAGACCCUCAAACAGGAACAGCCAAAACCUGUCAUGAAAGAAGAGUGCAAACUUGAAGCUGUUAAACCUGAGCUACCUGAACCAGAGCUGCCUAAACAAGAGGCCUUCAAAGAGGAACAUGUUGAGAAUGCCGCAGCUGCCUCUGAUGAACCCAAAGCACAGGCGACAAAGCCUCAAGCCUCAAAAUCCCAAGAGGCAAAAGCGAAGGCCGGCAAAGCCCAGCCUAAAAAACAAAGUUCAACCAAGAAGAAAGGUUCUGCAAAGGGUCAGAAUAAAAGCUAAGCCGAAAUGUAUUACCAAAGUAGUUUUUAUUAAUCAUCUCUAGAUUAGUUUGUUUGUGUAGUUAGACAAGUCUGGCUGUAGACAGGUUUAAUUCACACCGCACUGACAGUUACCAAUAAAGACAACAGACACGUUUGAAAGGUUUUGUCUGAUCAGUGUGUUACGCCUGUCAGCAUCUGUUGGUGUUGGUCUGUGCUUGUUUUUGCCAACAGAAUGUUGAAUCUUAUCGAGUCUUGGAAAGUGACGUAGGCCUACUGUACCUGUCUGCAUUGGUCUGUGUCUGUCUGUGCAGUUUGAAUUGGCCCUACAAGUUAAUAAAGAUGAUGACAGACUGGUCAUAGGACACGUUCCUUUAUGAAAGUUUACUAUAAAGAUGAAUUUUUAGAGAUGGGUGUGAUACUUUUUUCCACUUGUAAUACUUUCUUAGUACCUUCAAAUAAACGUCUGUUCUUGACAAUCUUAUAAAA